AUGUCGUUUAUUCUCAUGAAGAAAAAGAGAUUUAAGUUCAAAGUCGACUUUGACCUGGAGGAGUUGUCGUCAAUCCCCUUCGUGAACGGAGUUAUAUUCUGUAAAGUUCGACUCCUGGAUGGAGGCUUUGCUGGAGAGUCGUCUCGGUAAGAUUUUUGCUAUUUAUAGCAGCAACAGUUUACUGGUUGUUGAACACACUGCAUUGAUUAAGCGUGGGUAAACUGAGAGUUUUUGAGCAUUUACAUUCACACUGAGCUUUAUCGGGACACAUUGUUGUCUCGGAUCAGCAUUGAAAUGUUUCAUUACUGUGUGUAGUUAUAGUGUAGCUACAGCACAGCGAGUCCAGUGGCCAACAGCCGAGUGAGUUAACGAUCAUUGAACUUAAACUGACUCUUAGAUUAAGUUAACACUUGUUUACUUACCAAGAUGAAAGCAGGGGUAUCGCUGCUGUUAUAAGCAGAGAGGAGAGGAGGACUCUUAACUCAUCUUGAUCUUAAAAGAGUGAAAAAGCUCGGACCAAUCGACAGAUUCAAUUUUAGGGGAAAAAAAGUUUGAUCAAAGUUGUUGCCAGGCGACCAUCACUGUUGGUAGAGGCAGCUGACAGUAUGUAGGCAAGAGCAUUUUCAGUCAACAGUUGUAAUCAUAAAAUUAUUAUAAAUUAUAACAAUAAGAAGGAAAAACAACAAGAAGAAUGGAAGAUAAAACUUUUAACCAAAUCAGCACAGCUUGCUUUUGCUUUUGUCAACUGGUUUUCUAUUUUAUCAUCAUUGUUUCUUUUUUUUCUAUCUGAGUUAAGCAAAAAUACCAUUGCAAGGAGCAUACAAAUGUCUUCCUGCAGGCCUGUGAUUAUAACUGCCUGCACAGCAUGUAAAUGAGUCACUAUGGAAAAAUGCACACUGGCAAAUGUGAAACCCCGCUACACUUUGCCAUGGUAACAGUCUGCACUUUAAGUACCCUGUCAACAGUGUGUUUCACUGCGGCUUUCUUACACCACAACUUUUAGAGUUUACAAAGUAUGCUUGUAUUUUUUAAAAAUAUUUCCUUUGUCAAGCCAUAAUAUUUCAACUUUACGCCAACCCAUCUGAAAUAAACUGUAAAAGUACACCUUGUCGCCGCCUGUAAUCAGCAGCGAUGAAAAGCUGCAGUUAACCUGUAAAGUAAGUAUUGUAAGAGCAUUCUCAACAUCACAAAACUCUUCCUAAAAAGCCAUGUAUAAUAUUGCAUGUAGUAAAGUUUGUGAGUUGAAUAAAAAUUCACAAAUAAUAUCCCUUUUUAUUUUUCUCUAAGCCCAGAAUAAAACUGAGAUUUGGUGUCUGCCAAUCAGAUUUAGAUUGCCAAUGUUUGCAAAGGAUAACCUCCUGUAGAACUUUGUUGGAAGUUACUAAAGGGAGAACCCCAAACUGUUGUAAAAUCAGAAAUUAACAAUAUAUUUGUUUUUCUUGUUUUAUCUAUAAAUAAAAGAAUGGAAAACAACAUCUUUUAUCAUCCUUUACAAUCAUCUGCCUGACACGCACUGUGGAGAUUUCUGAUUGUUAUCCGCUCUCUUAGUAUUUAAUAUGCCUGUGAGUUUUGACUUCUGAAUGACAUUAUGUUUCUGCAUAUGCUUCUCCUACAGAGAGCAGGUCCAGGCCAAUAGUGUCCACUGGAGGAGAAGAUUCUCCUUCAUGUGUAAGAUGAGUGCCAACGCAGGGACAGGUGUACUCGACCCCUGUAUGUGCCGAGUGUCUGUGCGUAAGGUACAGGACAUUUUUUUCCAGCUCUCCUUAGUUGACACAGAAAUCUAUUGUAUCAGCUUUCUACAGCCUGGUCCAGGAGGUCAACAGGAAACUUAAAUGUGCCAAGGAAAUAAUGAUGUUAAAGUUCAAAAACAGUGUUAAUUUGUAACCAUAGUACAAAUGUUUUUCUUAGUCAGUGGUUGGACCGGAAGGAGCCAGUGUAACACAUAGUGUGAGAUGUAAAUGAAAAAAGGGAAUCUGACUAAAACUGUGUUUUUUUUCUUCAUCACUUUAGGAACUGAAGGGUGGAAAAACUUUUGCAAAGGUAAAACUUCAAUCCAAGAGCUAAUCGAUUUUUAUUAUAUAAAAUCACAGCAGACAUCCACUUAAGCAGUCUUAUCAAAAACUGUGGGAUGAUAGUUGACCUUCAAGUGGGUAGACAAGACUAUCUUUAACUGUAUGCAAGUCAAAAUAAUUUUCAUUUCCAGUUUCCUGCUGGGGUUACUGAUUGAAAACUCUGUUUUUACAGCCAACACUAUGUUAACCAAUAACAUUAAUGAAUAACGAGGUCACCGGUGCUCCUGUUAUGUCUAGUUUUCUAUCUCAGACACAUUUUUAUGGUGCCAGACAGUCUCAUACAAUUGACUUACAAGUGACAUUCAUUAUUUAAAAUGGACUGUCCAGUAGUUCUGACUAGUUCUUCUGUUUUGUCACUGUGCAGCUGGGCUUUGCUGACUUGAACCUGUCAGAGUUUGCUGGAUCUGGAAGCACAACAAGGCGAUGUCUCCUGGAGGGAUACAAUACCAAGAACACAAGACAGGACAACUCAAUCCUGAAGGUGUGUCAAUGUUUUAACCCAAGAGAAUGCAAUCCUCAUUUUAAUACUGUGGGAAAAAAAACAAGAAGUUAGAUGCAGGCCAGUAAUUCAUUUAUACAAAUAAGCUGCAUUACCUCAGUGCAUGAGUAAGCCUCAUACUUACGUAAAUGGUUCUUGAGUUUAUCCCAGACAUAGACUCUCUUCAUUUGGAAAAAAAGUACUUCCAACAGCAUGCAUGGAAAAGUUGAAUGUCCUGAUACAUGUCAGAGCCUGUUACCUGUGAACUACCUGAGCCAUGGGAAUGAAUUUGAAAUAUUUGUUUUUUUUCCUGGGGCAUUGAUUUGCACAUUUGUCACAGUUUCUCAGUGUUACUCAAACUAGUGUUACUGAGCAUUAAAGCUGCCUUCAGCUGACUCGACCUCUUGUCUUUUCUUUGGUUACAGGUCGUAAUCACCACACAACUCAUGUCUGGAGACCCCUGUUUUAAAACGUAAGAGCCUUAGUUUUGAUCUUAUUUGUCUGCUCGCUUGCUUCUCUUCCUCCUUCAAGUCCAAAAAAAUAAUUUGACUUGAAACUUAAACUGAAAUAAUAUUAAUAUGUCUUUUAUUUUAUUCACCUGCAAGAUGUUUCAGUUUCCGUUUCAAGGGAAGUGUGCUCACCACAUAGACAAGUCUGCAAGUAACCACAGAGGAAAAUGUCUCCAUCACAUCCUGUUUGUCACUACCCGAUAAUACAUGCUCUAGUUUAGUUGAACACCUACUCAGUUAAAGUAGAGAGUGUAUUCCUUUUUUACAUCUGAGAUUUUAUCAUUCUUUUAUCUGAGAGAGAACUCCACCUCACCCUGACUUCAACCUGACUAAUUAUGCUUGAUGCACCUCGUAUGUGAUCAGCAGUCUGUCACAAAAGAUGUGAUGUAACAUUAAACUCAUGAGAAGCCUAGAGGCCUUCACCAUGUGCCAACAGACAGCUUCCUUCUACUGACUGGAGUCCUUCUCUUUAUUCUUUUUAUGUCCACACCCUUUAAGGGUAAUAACACACUCACUGCUGCCUAGGAGAUAAAGAGUAAACUCCAGUCAAACCCAGUCAUCCAGCCCACACAGUCUUACUCAUGGUGCGUAGGGUUUAGAACAGUGCAGCAGAGAUGACGCUCUCUUUUUUUUCACAUGCAGUCUGUCUGUUUUGGUCUGCAGCUCUGCCUUCAAUUUGGUUAAAUAUAGCAUCACAAUAGCAAGAAACUGUGUUCCCAUAGAAUACAUUUGCUUAGCUAGAAGUAGCAGUCACACUGUGUAAAUAUACUUGUUUAUAGUCUGGUUGUUUGCUUGCUAAUGCGUAAAAUAUCAGUUUUUUUUAUAGUUACAGAGUACAGUUGUCAUGAAGGGAUGCUUUUAUUGCCUGCAUUUACAACAAACCUGUGUUUUAGUAUUAAAUGUUUAUUUUCAUUUGGUUUAAGUGCAAUCCCCUUCUUUAUGUAGCACAUUUUAGAAAUAACAACAAAACUAACGUUCUUCACAGUGAAAGAAGAAAAACUAAAACACAUUAGAAAGUACAUAAAAACACUUGCAGUGGAUGAGAACAUAAAUGACCACUGUGAGAAAAAUAAUGGAAAAAAUAAAAACACAACAUAACAGCUGAUUGAAGAAGAUGAAAAGGCAGAGAACAAACAAUGCAAGGGCUAAAAAGAAGUAUGAAGAUGUUGACAGAAAUUGUUCUCAUAGAAAAAAUUGUCAAUCUCUGGGUAGCAGUGUUUUGAACUUAUUUUUCCUUUGACUUUGACUUUUAUGCAUACAAAAUGUAAUCAUGAAAUGAUAUAUGUUAGAAAGGAGCACUUUUUAAAGAGCCUUUAUGAAACAGUCUUCUCAAUAACACUUCUCUUUCCUGUCUCCUCUAUAGUCCUCCAUCUACAGCUAUGACUCUGGGGAUUCCACAAGCUGAAGCUGAGCGUCUCUUAGAGGACAGAAAGGGAGGCGACAAGCACAUAUCGUCUUUACUUCCUGGUAAGAAUCAAGAUUUAGGGGGUUAAAAGACUUGGUGUUUUAUACAGCUGCAUCAUUUUAAAUUGUCAAUGUUUGAUAAAUGUUCUGUUGUGCACCUGAAAGAGAAAUCUUUUAGAAAGUUACUGUUAUUAGUGAAGAAGACACCACUGCAUAAAAAACAUCAACACCACCCCCAGUAUUUUCUUUUAUAGCUGCUGAACAAAAAGCAUUUAAAAAGAUUGAAACACAGUCAAUCCUUUAAGGUGUAGAACGCUGAAUUAAAGACUCUAUGACUGUUAUAUAGCUAUGCAUGACCAUGUUUACAGAAUGUUGAACAUGUGUGUGUGUGUACAUUUUAUUUAGACACUCCAGCAAAGUCAGUCUCAGUUCCAGAGGAGCUGGUGUUGUAUGGUCAUUCAAGAACGCCCAGCUAUGCAAGUGAACGGUCAAAAAUCUCAGGUAUCAAAAACAAGUCCCCUUAAGACAAAAGCAACACUGUUACCAAAACAGUCAUAAAACCAUGCCAUAACAUUUGUUUUUGUUUGUCUCUCCUGUAAUGUAGGUUACAGUUCCAAUCACUCCAGUUUAACAGAUCUGAGCCAUCGCAGAAGCGCGUCUGGGGGAUCUGCCUCCACAGGCAUUGGCAGCAUCAUGGAUCCAAGUGAUUCUCAGGGGGAGAGAGGAGGGAAGGAGAGCAGGAUGACUCCCCUGGUCUCUGCAGUGGGCCAGCAUGCUCCUGAACUACCCUCUACCCCUGCUAGAUGUCCAAGGUCUGACUAAGGAUAAUUACAUAAUUACAGAGAUAGUAGCCCUUGUGUGUAAUAGGGUUAUUAUAGUCACACUGGGGGAUCAGAUCAGAGUGCUUUUUGAUCGUCUGAUCUACAGUACUCCAUGUCUUCUUAAAUCAAAACUGUUUCUUUUCCUCCAUUAGACACCCAAUGAAACAGAACUCCAUGGAGAACCAGCUUAAGAGAGUCGAUGCCACCAGGGUGGAUGCUGAUGACAUAAUAGAGAAAAUCCUGCAAAGCCAGGAUUUUAGCCAUGGCUUCUUGGACUCUAGUGCAGAGGGUGUGUACAACUAAUCCCAAACUUCUUGUGCUUAUGAGGGUACACUUGGAAGGUUGCCUGUUAUCCUGCUCAUGAGAUCAAAUUACAAUGACGUGUUGCAAUAGAACUGCAUUUCUGAGAUCUUUAAAAGCUAAAAGAUGAUCAGAUGUUAUUCAUGUCAAAUCUUAACUGGACUGAAAUGCACAUCUUAUCUGUGCGCCUAAUUUCUAAAGUAUUUUUAUAUGUUUGAUUAAGGAUAAAAUAAGGGAGUCUGAAUUCCAUAUCUAUGAAUACCACAAGGACAGUGUAACCUCGCUGAUAGUUGUUACUGCAGUGUUAUGAGCUCUUGUGUGUGAAGCAAACUAUUUUAUUCUGUGUGGAAAUGAUGAGUCUCCUCGUUUGACUUACUGAUGUUACACUUAUUUUUAAGACCUUUGACAGUCUGUCAGCUACGAAACAUCACAAGUGUUUGUUGUAAGCCUUGCUACCAUCUUUUAUGAAAUAACCCCCUUGAGUAUGGAUUCAUUUUAAGAAUUUUUAACUAGGUGUGAGUCUUUUGUGGCCCAAAUGUUACUGACAGUAUUCUCAAAUCUAAUCUGUGUGUGUUUGUAUGUGUGUAUUGCUGCAGAAGAAGGGCUCAAAUUGUUUGUUGGUCCUGGUGGGAGUACAGCCUUGGGAAGCCAGCACACGAGGUGGGUGUGACUUACGUAACUGUUGUUGGUGCAACACAGCAGCCAGUUGCUACUCAUGCAAAUUCUUUUUAAAAAUGACAAGAUUCAAGUAAGGAAUUUCCCCAUGGAUCACAUGAUUGAUUACCAUGUUGUCUGUAUCUAUCAUGUGAUAUUUGAUAAGUAACACAUCACAGUGUUAAUUCUGCACAUAGAAUAGUGUUUUACAGGCAGAUCUGAUAACUGCUCUGGUUUCCCGUCAUGUAUCACAUUGUUGCUCUUCUCUUUCAGGGUCGCAGCUGGAGCCUUUGAGCAGGUGGUGUUCAAGCGCUAG